UUUGUCUUGUGCUUUCUCUAGGGGCUACCAAAGACAUGGGGAAGAUGCUGGGUGGGGAUGAGGAGAAAGACCCAGAUGCUGCCAAGAAAGAAGAGGAACGACAGGAAGCUCUCAGGCAACAAGAGGAAGAGAGAAAAGCCAAAUAUGCCAAGAUGGAGGCUGAAAGAGAAGUUAUGAGACAAGGGAUUCGAGACAAGUAUGGGAUAAAGAAGAAGGAAGAAAAGGAAGCAGAGGCCCAAGCUGCACUGGAAGCUAAUGCUGAAGGGAGUCUGACACGCCCAAAGAAGGCUAUCCCUCCUGGCUGCGGGGAUGAGGAGGAGGAGGAAGAAGAAAGCAUUCUAGACACAGUCAUCAAAUACCUACCAGGGCCCCUGCAAGACAUGUUCAAGAAGUAAUAGAUGCAGACUGUUAGAUGGGCAUAAACAGUACUGCAAAGAAGUUUUCUUUUGCCCGAUGGGGAUCUACAAUCUUGCCAUCCAUCAUGCAGCCCCCCCUCU